AAAUAUUUCAAAACCUCAGCUCAUUCUGACAAGAAAUAUUGAGCAACGCGCCUUCGUGAAUAGCGCAGUCGAGUCGACAGACACGUUUAAUUGAAAACAUUAAACAAUAAAAAAAAUAACUAUGAAUUCUGAAAAUGAUGAAGCCGGAGUUGGACAGUGGAUUUCUAAUUCAGAAAUUGCGAAUCAAGUUAUAAGUAAAUAUACAGGCGCAACAUCAGGGAAUAAUAACAAGCGAAAGCCAGCCCCACUGCAAAAGGAAGAUGAAGAAUACGUUAGAAAACGAGCAAGAAACAAUGUUGCUGUUAAAAAGAGUAGAGAAAAAGCAAAAAAUAGAAUACAAGAGACACAAUCACGUGUUGAACAGUUAAGCAAAGAAAAUGAGGAUCUUCAGUCAAAAGUUACUCUUUUAUCAAAAGAAUUAAACGUGCUAAGAGCAUUAUUUACCAAUGGAGGUUUUACCUUACCAUGUGAUCUUCAGUUUAUGAAUGGCAGUGGUAGUGGUUCAGAGAGCGUUAGUAAUCAUUCUAAUCCAAGUUCACAUAUCUCUGAAGACACAUCCAUUCGCCAUCACCAUAUAUCAUCACUGCAAUCAAAUGUGGAUUCUGAAAAGUCUGCUUUUCAUUUACAUGAGGAAGGAAAGAUUUCUCCUCUACGACCUAUGCCUCGUGUUCCUUCUAGUCAUAAAACUUUGCCACCAGUCCACUCUGGAAGCAGAACAACGUAUGAGAGAGAACGUAUAUAUGACUAUCCUACCAAGUCAAGUGAUUAUUCAAUUAAAUCAAGUGAAUAUUCAAAAAAAGAAGCAUCUAAAUCUCCAAGUAAUAUUAUGCCACUUCUCGUACAGCCAGGUCAUUCAAGCAUGUAUUCAUCACCACCUUACUCACCAAAGUAUAAAAAUCAUGGUGAAACUCAACAUACAUCUGUCAUUCGUAGUGCAUCCCAAAUAAACGGACAAAGUCAGGCCGCAUUUUCUGUGCCUAAUACACUUGGAAAGUUUUAUAUCAUCCAGGAUCCAGAAAACAAUGGUCAAGUAAAAAUAGUGCCUAUAAACAGUUGAUAUUAACUGUAAAUUUACUCCUUGGAUUGAACUGUGCAAAGAGUGCCAGAGAUUUCCUGAUGAGUUUUUCAUGUGUAGCUAGUAGAGUUACCCAAAUAUAUAAAUAUUGUAAAUAUAAGUUUAAGUUUGUAUUUUUGUGGUUAUUGUUUCUGGUGUACAACAA